AUGCCUGACAAAAAAACUGAAGCCCUGCCCUGUGCCCGAUCUAGGAAAGCUGCACAACCCGUCCCGGACCGUCCCUUGCAGUUGGCGCUGGGCACGCAGCGCUGGGUCUCUGCGGACUUCAACGCGCCGGAUGAAGCGCAAUGCCAGGCUUUCCUCGACCGUGCCGUGCUGGGCUCCGGGGUGAACCUUGUCGACACGGCAGAACAGUACCCGAUUCCUUCAGACAAUGCGCGCCCAGAAGGGCUUUGCGAAGAAGUGAUCGGCAGGUGGAUGGCAAAAGAAGCCGGACGACGGCGCAAACUCGUCAUUGCGACCAAGAUUACUGGAGGCUUCAACGUAACCCCGAAAAACAUCCGAGACGACUGUGAGGGAAGUCUCAAACGAUUGGGCACCGACUACAUCGAUGUGUACCAGACACACUGGCCGUCGCGCUACUCUCCGCAAGCCAAUUGGGGCCAGAGCCUGACGUACAAUUAUUCUGUGGAGGAGUUUGGCGGAAUGGGAAUGGAGGGUGCCUCCUUUGAAGAGCUGUGCUCUUCGAUGGGCGCUCUGAUCAAAGAGGGCAAAAUCAGAGGAUGGGGCUUAUGCAAUGACAACGCCUUCGGCCUCACAGCGUGCUGUGAGACCGCUAAGCGGCUUGGCGUUCCGCCGCCGAUCUCAUUCCAAGGUGACUACAGCAUGAUCGAUCGGAAGUCUGAGGAAAACGGAGUGUUUGAGGCAUCCUCUCCGAUCCAUGAGAACGUUGGCUUCAUGGCUUACAAUGCACUGGCCGGAGGGAUGCUGACAGGCAAAUACAUGGACAAGCCCGCCGCCUUGGACAGCCCCUCCGAGGAUGCUGCAGAGAAGUUGAUGAAGAACCCCCGCGGUCGCAUGGACACCUACGGCUGGGGCGGCACCCUCUACCGUUAUCGAUCUGAGGCAGCGGUGGAGGCCAUUGCAGCCUACUCUGCGCUUGCGAAGCGGGCGGGCAUCUCCCUGGCGGAGCUCAGCCUCCGGUGGUGCCGCAGCCGCCGUGGCUGCACCACGGUGCUACUGGGGACUAGCAACAUGGCCCAGCUGGAAGAAGAUCUGCGCUUCUUCCAGAACAAAGACCCCCUUCCGAGGGACCUCCUUUGGGAAAUCGACCGUGUCCACAUGAGAAACCGUUUGCCGAUCUUCUCCUCCAAGCAUGUGGACUCGAGUUGGCAGGGCGCUGGCGAGAUUGGGGAGCCGAUCCCCUGA